GGUUAUGACGCGAAAAUAAUAAAUGAUCUCAUGACUUAUGAAAUUAAUUCUCCAAUCAUGUGAUGCAAAUUUCCAUUAGAUAACAAGUCUGUCUUAUAUCACUAACAAGAUUUACGUAUAUCUGAUUGUUGCCUGUAGAUCCUGCGUUAUACUUCGUAUGAAGAAAGAUAAAACAAAUAUUUUCAAAAAGAUUUAAGAGGAUCCAUAGACCGUUUCGUUUUUACGUACUGAAUAAAUAUGAGACUGCGUCGUAACUGCUUUAAAUCUAAUUUCAAUCGUCAACACACCUUAACAAUAAUCCAAACACGUUUCUAUGCGCAAUAAGUUCAUCAGAAUGAUGCACUAUAAAUGUAGACAGGGUAUCUAUCCCUCUAGCAAUGUAAAACGAUUCGAAGUGCCUGAAGAUAAAGUGCCAUGGAACGUCGAUUAUCCAGAAUACGAACCAGUCAAAUACACCGCUUCGGUUCUUAAAGGUAAACCCUGGGCGGAUCCGGAAAUUGAAGAAGUUUCGUUCAAACCAAAUUGGAAUUCUUUUGAUGAAAAGGUGAAUCGCAAAAGUUUUACGGGUGAUUAUGUUAUAAACGAGGAGGGUUAUCCCUUAAAUCCUGUCGGUCGUACUGGUAUUAUCGGACGUGGUCUGUUGGGACGAUGGGGACCGAAUCACGCGGCGGAUCCGAUCGUAACUCGUUGGAAACGAAACACUACGGGAGCGUUGGAAAUUGAUAAAACAACGGACAAACCAAUUCUGCAAUUUGUUGCGAUACAAAGACGAGAUUCCGGAGAAUGGGCUAUACCCGGCGGUAUGGUUGAUCCCGGUGAAACCAUCUCGGCAACGCUUAAAAGAGAAUUCAUGGAAGAAGCUAUGAAUUCUCUGGAGAAAGAUGAUAUAGGAAAAGAGGAAUUGGAAUGCUCUAUCAAAGAAUUUUUUGAAAAAGGAGAAGAAUUCUAUGAAGGAUACGUGGACGAUCCUAGAAAUACAGACAAUGCUUGGAUGGAAACUGUAGCUUCAAAUUUUCACGACGAACACGGUAGCACUGUUGGACAGAUUACUUUAACAGCAGGAGAUGAUGCGCGUAAUGCAAAGUGGAUGACCGUCGAUAGAAACCUGAAUUUAUACGCUAAUCAUAUUGAGUUUAUUAAGAGAACAGUGCGAAAGCGUAAUGCACACUGGUGACGAUUCUCAAGUCCUGCUUUUAUACAGAAAACAUAAAUGCUACUACUUGUUUGAGAAAAUUUUAUUUUUAUACUUGUAUUUACAAAAAAUGAAUUAAUAACAUUUACACGCACACAAAAAAUGUUUUAUAAAUAU